UGCAAAUAGGUAGUAUAGAAUCCAUGGCUCAUCGACAAUUUCAAUUGGUAUUAGAUCUCAAAGGCUAUGCUUUUGCGGCCUGCACACGACGGAACUGAGAAUACGGCAUGGCCGACAUGUGUUAAAGAUUGUGCAUAAACGUUUUUUAAUUUUUCUUUUCUCCACUGCCAUGUGGCAACACAGAGCACACACAUUCAGUACCUCCAUAAAUUCGUAUACGGUGUCAGCAGUCUAUGCAUAUUUACUACAAGCCAGACAAGACUAUAAAACCGUGUGUACGCCUUUGUGCAAAGCCCUGCUACCCUAGCUCCUGCUAUCGUCGCUGCUUCCCUCGCCAUAUUUCUGCAUACGCCACGUUUUUUUUCCAUUCUUAUAUUCCUAUUCCUAUAUAUUCAUAUUUCCUUUUUCUAUAUCUCUUUUAUAUCGUUUUAUAUCUCUUUUAUAUUAUCUUUUAUAUCUUUAUUACUGUAUCUAUAUAUAGCUUAAUUUAAGUGUAGUGCCGUGAUUAUUUUUUCUUUUAAGUUUUCUCUGUAAGUGCUUAUAUUAAUUUAUUUGUAUGUGUGUAUUCAGUGUAUAGUUCCUUCAUCUUUAAAUAUAGUUGUGCUACUUUUUUGAUUACUUUUCGUACUUUUGUAAGCCUCGUAUUUAUUUCUUUGUGUUAGUGUGCUUUUUAUAUUUGUCCUUGAAAAUGUCAGCGCCGACACACGCUUAUGUGGAAUAUGAGGACGGAGGCAAGGCGAUCGUCUCGGUAAGCCUUAUAAAGGAUUACAGUCCCAAUGAUUUCAACGAUUUGGCGUGCAACAAGCGCAUUUAUUGGAGAGACCGUGGAAAAGGCUUCGAAGGAGAGGAAGGUUAUUACUCCGGCAACGUCAUGGUGUUGGGAUGUGGCAAAGCUGAUUUGAUUGCGAGGAUGUUGAAGCAGCACAAGCCUGUUCCCAUGGACGUGUUUGAACAAUCAAGCGAGAGACAUCGCCACAAGCCGAAGCCAGCCCUCAAGGAUGUACCAACAAAGGAAAAGCGGCGCCGACUGGAAAGUGCAAAAAAAUCAAGAAUGCAGAAAAUCCUUGAGAAAAAAUCUGCUGCUGGAGAUACGGACUCCAGCAGUGAAGAUGAGUUGGUGCCGAGGAAAAUGCUGAAGAAAGCGGAAAAUGAGAUCGCAGGACUGAAAAAUAAGUUAAGAAUAUGCGAGCAGCAGCGCAUUGAAGAGCGGCAGCAGAAUGAAAAACGCCACAGCUUGCUCGAGGAGAGGAUGAAUUCCAUGGAGGCCUCCAUAAUUGAGGCAAUAAGAAAAGAAGUUCGUGCGGCAAGGCUGCCUUCACAGGGUUGUGCUGCAAAUGUUUGCAGCGAUAAUUUGCAGCAAGCAGUGCGGGAAGCUCCCAUGAAGCCAUGUGAGGAUAAUUCCAUUCAGGAAGAGUCUACCACACUGUAUGAGGAUUUGGAUCUCGGCACUGCCCCAAUGGAUGGGGCACUGCCAGCUCAUUGCGAGUCGGCAAAGCCCAGCUGCGUCCUUGGGCCUCGUGAAGAGGUGGCAGGCAGCCAGGUAGCCAGCCAUGUGCCUUCCACCCAU